AUGCCAGGUCUCCCAAGCGGUGGACAGGUUGCGCCGUCGUUCCAGGUCCCAGAUAUCCCUGUCCUAUCUAUCGAACACCCAUGCAUCGUUCAGAAUGUGGAGAAGGCCAUUGGUAUGCUCGGAGGGCCUGCGGAGCUCGUGCAGAGUCUUGAGCCUGGAUCGGAUAAGCCGCUAGGUCUCAAGUUUCAGCCUGAUGACCCAAGCACCCGCGCAGUGCUUUCUUACAACAAGCCGACCAACAAUCUGCUGCUUAAAGUGACGGUUCCCAAGCGAACGGGCAGGAAAAGGAAGCGAGGCUCUGAUGAGCAGUUCCUCGAACAACCUACAGAAUCACACCCCCGGAGAGACGUCAAAUACUUCCUUCGCUCACUGACGGACAAUCGCGACCGCUGCCAGAUUGAGGUUGUGGGUCCGAUUGGCUCUACACACGUAUGGCGAACCAUGCCAGAUUUCAAUUUCUCGACUAAGGGAUCUUCAUUUUUGAAUGAGAUCCAGUCCAAAAUUCUCCCUCAGCGGUACCCGUUGCUCAAGCAAUGGUCCUUCCCUCGAUCCUCUUUCGAAGCAGACACAGAGGGCGUCCCUCCUUCGGUUCUGGCGACGCAAAACCUGCCCGGAAAUUUCACAUAUCGUCAGACUUCUGCCGCGAAGGCCAUCGUCGAAGCAACCACCACAGACCGAGCCGUGGAUGAUACAGGUGCAUCUGUGCAACUGUCCGCAAGUCAAGACCAACAACACGGUCAGGGGGUGUCGAAUGAGCAAACCAUCUGA